AUGCUCGCAUCACCCAUUUUGAACGCAUCACCUCGUGUGGUUUCACGGUCGCCCAUAAGGGCCUCGCCUUUCCCAUCUCAAAAAGAAGCUGGCAAGGUACUUGCCAGAAUGUUGAACUAUUAUUCCCAGAAAGAUGACACCAUCGUCCUCUCCAUAAAGCCCGCAGCAACACCAUUAGCAUACGAGGUGGCCAAAGAACUGAAAUUACCAUUAGAUCUGUUUCUCGUAAGAACUCUGAAAAUUGAUAGUAUGACUGUUGGUGCCGUUACGGACAGAACGGAGAAACCGUUGUACAAAGAUCAAAUCAUCAAGGGCUACGGUUUCACCCAGAAACAACUCGACGAUGUAAUCAAACAAGAGCGCGCCAAUCUCGAAAAUCAGAAAUCCCAAUGUUGUCCACCAAAUUAUCCGUUACCAAGAUCUGAGAAUGCCACCGUAUUACUUGCCACCGAUGGUAUUCAGACUGGUCAAAAUGCCCGAGCGGCCAUUACACUGUUGAAAAGCAUUGGUUUUAAAGGAAGGAUUGUGUUAAUUGCUGGGGUCAUUGGAUCCGAUUCUCAGAAAAUCUUCACGAGAGACGUUGACGAGGUGGUAGCUAUAAGAAGUCCAAAGGUUGUUGGUUCAGUCGCAUCGUGGUACGAAAAUCAGGUAGAACCGACCAAUGAACAAAUAAAGUUACUCCUACAAAAAGUCGACGAUGAAUUCAAUGAAAAGUCAGAGGAAUUAAUGCGGUGA